AAUAACACCAGCAGCACUCCUGCGGUGUGAAGAUCUGAUAUCUGAUUGCGAAUAGCAUGCAAAUCAAGUGGCAAGCGUCUGAAAAUCUCAAAUCGAACUUAUAUCGCCAAGAGCCGAAUUCGAGAGCCAACUCCUCGGAGAGCAACAAUAACAGCACGCGCCGUGAUUCACACACCAAUCUGUAUGGCUCUGCUCUGUUCUGCUCUGCACUGGGUGAUCGUCGAUGUCGCCUCCGUGCUGAGCUGCACUGGGAUCUCGUCUUGGUCUCCAGAUCGCAGCUGGGUUCAGCGUACGACCUUUGGAGUGCAGUGACUGUGACGCAGUAUCGAUACCCGGCACGGCACUCGGUAUCCAGCAUCGGCGCUUGGAUACUCGGCAGUCGCAGUCCGAAGAUGCGGCGUUUUAAUCACAGUUUAUGUGGAUGGCCAUUAUUAAUCGGCAUAUGCCCGCCAAUGUGCACCGGCAAUCAUUCUCCAUGCGGCUAUGCACUGAAAGCAAUCGGACUGGAACCUAAACUACUUCUAUUAAAAUAUUCAAAUAAAUAAUAGUAUUUUAACCUUUAAAAGGUUUUUAUUACUUAACUGAAGUUAGGGUGCUAUACAAAUCGUACCAGUUCCUUACUAUUACCAAUAAGAAUUUUUAAUAAACGAAGUUAUGUCGAAUUUUCGGAUUUGUGAAAGAAAGAAAGCCGAAAUUUAAGUACUCUUCCUUAUACAAA